CCUGAGCAAGCAGUGUUUCAGCUGGCUGGACAGAUCAAAUAACACUUGGGCUGGUUAACAAAAGACGCACAAGUGGAAAGGUGUUGGAAGCUGGAGUGUGGAAAUUUACCCAACGUUAUUUCUUUGACAGGGAAGGAGACUUGGUCUGAAAGAUGCAGCCUUCCUGCACCCUCACCGAGUCCAGCAGAACACAGUCUCAUUCAAGGUGGCGUGGAUGAGGGAGUGACAGAGGAUGCUGCCCCCAUCUGAAGACUCCGGAGGAUCCUGGCCUGGCAGCUGAGCUCCCCGCGGCUAUGGGACAUCAGGUGUCACUUGGUGUAGAGCUCAUGAAAGGUGCUUGAGUUUCUCCAGCUUUCUUUACCAGUGCUCAGCAGACUGGUUUGGGUCUCGGAAUCUAAGAUGAACUGGUAGAAAGGGGAGCUGGCAGAGAUGGAAAGAAGCCUCCAGAAUCCAUGAUCAGAAUCCCUUCAUACACCUUGGGACAAAGCAGAGAGCAGCUAACAAGCUGCUGGAGGCUGUGAUACAACUGUGCUUUGGACCAUCAUAGUAAAGGAACACAGCUCAGCAACAGCUUCACGUUUCAGCCAGAAGGAGCCUCUUCUAUCAGGGAUUUAAAUAGGGGAGAGUUCCUUCAUCUCUACUCUGAGGUCCAUUAUGAUAGAAAACUUUACAUUCAUAUAGAUAAUGAGACCAGUUUUUCCUUCCAAGAUGCUAUAUUUGAAAGAAGCAUGAGCCAUUCGAAGCUUCCAGGAGGGUUCAGGAUACGCAGGAGUUAGAGGACAGCCUCCCCAAUGCAAGUUAAGAAGACAGUUUGAGCCUCCAACUUCUGCAGCUCAGCAAGUGUAGACAUAUGCCACUCUUGUUUCCAGAGAGCUGGUGGCAGUGAUAUCUCCAGAAGAAAAAUCUUCCCUCAGCUUUGGGACUUGACAGAAUGAGGUGUGCUGGGGAAGCCACUAGCUGUACCCUGGCCUUUCUUGACUGCCCCUUCGUCAUUCGGGCAGCCCCUGACCACUGAGCCAACGAUGGCUGAGAAGGGUGACUGCAUCGCCAGUGUCUACGGGUAUGAUCUCGGUGGGCGCUUCGUUAACUUCCAACCCCUGGGCUUCGGCGUCAAUGGGCUGGUGCUGUCGGCCGUGGACAGCAGGACCUGCCGGAAGGUGGCCGUGAAGAAGAUCGCCCUGAGUGAUGCCCGCAGCAUGAAGCACGCGCUCCGGGAGAUCAAGAUCAUCCGGCGCCUGGACCACGACAACAUCGUGAAGGUGUACGAGGUGCUGGGGCCCAAGGGGGCCAACCUGCAGGGCGAGCUGUUCAAGUUCAGCGUGGCCUACAUCGUCCAGGAGUACAUGGAGACCGACCUGGCACGCCUGCUGGAGCAGGGCACGCUGACGGAGGAGCACGCAAAGCUGUUCAUGUACCAGCUGCUCCGCGGGCUCAAGUACAUCCACUCCGCCAACGUGCUGCACAGGGACCUGAAGCCCGCCAACAUCUUCAUCAGCACGGAGGACCUUGUGCUCAAGAUUGGUGAUUUCGGGUUGGCAAGGAUUGUUGAUCAGCAUUAUUCACACAAGGGUUAUCUCUCAGAAGGCUUGGUAACCAAGUGGUACCGCUCACCACGCCUGCUCCUCUCCCCUAACAACUACACCAAAGCCAUCGAUAUGUGGGCCGCAGGCUGCAUCCUGGCCGAGAUGCUCACGGGGAGAAUGCUCUUUGCAGGGGCACACGAGCUGGAGCAGAUGCAGCUCAUCCUGGAGACCAUCCCUGUGAUCCGGGAGGAGGACAAGGACGAGCUGCUCAGGGUGAUGCCUUCCUUCGUCAGCAGCACCUGGGAGGUGAAGAGACCGCUGCGCAAGCUGCUCCCCGAAGUGAACAGUGAAGCCAUCGACUUUCUGGAGAAGAUCCUGACCUUUAACCCCAUGGAUCGCCUAACAGCAGAGAUGGGGCUGCAGCACCCCUACAUGAGCCCCUACUCGUGCCCCGAGGACGAGCCCACCUCACAGCACCCCUUCCGCAUUGAGGACGAGAUUGACGACAUCUUGCUGAUGGCCGCCAACCAGAGCCAGCUUUCCAACUGGGACAGGUACCCUGUGAGCCUGUCAUCGGACCUGGAGUGGCGGCCCGACCGGUGCCAGGACGCGAGCGAGGUGCAGCGCGACCCGCGCGCGGGCUCGGCGCCUCUGGUGGAGGACGUGCAGGUGGACCCGCGCAAGGACUCGCAGAGCAGCUCCGAGCGCUUCCUGGAGCACUCGCACUCGUCCAUGGAGCGCGCCUUCGAGGCCGACUAUGGGCGCUCCUGCGACUACAAGGUGGGGUCGCCGUCCUACCUGGACAAGCUGCUGUGGCGGGACAACAAGCCUCACCACUACUCGGAGCCCAAGCUCAUCCUGGACCUGUCGCACUGGAAGCAGGCGGCCGGGGCGCCCCCCACCGCCGCGGUGGCCGCAGUGGCCGCGGACGCAGGGGCGCGCGAGGACGAGCCGGCCAGCCUCUUCCUGGAGAUCGCGCAGUGGGUCAAGAGCACGCAGGUCGGCCCCGAGCGCGCCAGCCCGCCCCCCGACGAUGGCCCCGAGCGCCGCCUGUCUGCCUCUCCUCCUGGCCGGCCGGCCCCCAUCGACGGGGGCGCCAGCCCCCAGUUCGACCUGGACGUGUUCAUCUCCCGCGCCCUGAAACUGUGCACCAAGCCCGAGGACCUGCCGGACAAUAAAUUGGGCGACCUCAACGGCGCGUGCAUCUCCGAGCAUCCUGGCGAUCUCGUGCAGACCGAAGCCUUCUCCAAAGAAAGGUGGUGAGGGCGAAGGGGGCGCCCCAGGCCCCCGAGCGGGAGGCCCCACACGGGAAAGCCGCGGCUGGCAGGAGGGGUCCGCCUCCCUGGCACCUCCACCACCCCUUCCGCCCGUCUCUGCUGCCUUGAGGUUCGCAGAACGGAUCCGAGGAGCGAGAGGAGUGUCCAUUUCUUAAACUGCCUUAAUAACUAGCCUUUAACCUCUGGGAGCGGGUUUGAACAGGAGCCUAGUUUGGGGGUUGAUCACUUUCCCAGCGAAGAGGAGGCCCUUGCAUUUUACAGGUGGUGGUGUACAGGGAAGAAACAUGUCUUAGCAGUGUCCGCAGGCUCUACCUGGGUGGCUGGGUGCAGAGAAACUUGCAGGCAUAGGUUGAAACCAUCCGGUCCAGCUAGCCUCAACUGACAGAAG